AUGGCCUCGACGGCUCCGUACGGCGACGCGGAGGAGAAGCAGGGCGGAAGCUCCAACAUGUUCGUGAACCAGAAUGGAGGCACGCCACCUCAGCAGCAGCAACCGCAGCACAUACCCACCGAUCCCGAGCUCCAAUUGCGCGAACAGCUGCAGAUGCAUCAGGGCAACGACAUGAUGCACCAGGCUCCCCACUUGCAGCAGAUGGGCGCCACGAACGCGAUGCACCACCACUUCCAGACGCCGCCGCGCCCGGUACACUCGCCGCAACACAUGGCGCAGUCUGCGCAGUCGGUCAUGGGCAUCGACGACCACAACGCGUUUGUCGAUCACGACGGCGCAACGCGAAAGCGCUCAAAAGUCUCGCGGGCGUGCGACGAGUGCCGGCGCAAGAAGAUUCGAUGCGAUGCGACCAGCGAAAACGGUCCGGAAUCAUGUUCGAGUUGUAAGCGCACUGGCGCGCGGUGUCAGUUUAGUAGACAGCCGAUGAAGCGCGGGCCGAGCAAAGGCUAUAUCAAGGAGCUAGCUGAUCGGUUGAAUUCGCUCGAAAAUCAAAUCCAGCAGCCGCAAGCCCAACCUGCAAAUUAUGACUUUGUCCCUAUCGACCAGGGCUUGGAUGCUCCAUCCCAAUUUUCAAGAAAACGCACCUACUCAAUGUCUGAGAACUUCGGAGAACCGUAUAGCCGUCCAAGCUGGUCUGGACAAGACCGCGGUACAUACAUCACCGAAGAUCCCUCAGCCCUCCCUUUACUGACUCGUGAAGAACAACCCUUGAACGGCGCCAACGACAGUAACAACAACAAUCGACGCGUUUCCUUUACAGAGUGGACAUUAGUUGGGAGCCUCAUCACGGGGUCCAAUGAGGCCAUCAUCAAAGCAUCGUUGCCACCCUCCGAAACCAGCGUCAAUGAAAUGCUGCACCAUUGCUUCGACGUUGUGGAUGCAGCGAAGUAUACUCUGGACGAUUCAGACCACGCUCGCCAAUUCUUCAAUAACCUGGUGUACUGCCAGUCCCUCGUCUUACUUUUCAUCGCUUCAGAUCGUCCCAAACCAGGAACUGUCGGUAAUUCUGCCGAACUGCUCGGCAGAAUCGCUGGCGUUGUUACUGAGAUCGGACUCGAUGACGCAAAAACCCUCGCAUCCCUCCGCGAGCAAGAUCUAGAGCUAUACCAAGCCGCUCGCCAAACGUUUUGGGUGGCUUUUACAUUGGAUAGAUUUCACGCUUCCAGCAGGUCCAAGAAUCUCAUGCUACCUAUACAUGAAGGCUCGCCAUCCCGAGAGGAUCACAAGCUGCUCGGCGAGGAGGCUUAUCAUCUUGUUCGCGCAGCAGAUAUCGCCGGUCAAGUGGCUUCUAUCUCAAGGGCUGGCAAUGUUCCUGAGCUCGACCCUGCCUCACCAUUUGCGUUCGCAGCGCUAAGUGUAACAUCACCUGCAACCAAGUAUUUGAAUGGCCAACUCUCGCGCUUCCGAGAGUCAAUCGAAAUCAGCAACCUCCCUAGCAAUGCCUCCCCAUACCUAGCUUAUCAGUAUCUCCGUGUGUUUGUUACACGAUUAUCCAACUACAGUUCUUCUGUAGAGUUGUUUUCUCUCACGAAGGACCUUCUUCGAAACCUUGCGAAUCCGCGAGUCACACCGCUCCACCACAUCUUCGCCAGUUUGGUCGCCACCACUCUCGGCGAUCUCUCGGAUCGAUUGGAAACCCAAAUUGAGGCCCAUGCCGCUAUGAAAGAAAUGGCCGACGGACUAGCAAACGAACACAUUAUCAACGCGAGCAGCGACAAUCUUGGUUGGGAUGCGGCAAUACGGGACCUCUUGCAUCAAAAGAAGGGCCCCAAUCCCUCACACAGCGCUCCCGAACAGACAAGCCCUUCCCAACAUCUGGCUGGUCUUCAACAUCUCGCCGCGGCCGCGGUGGGCGAGCGUGAGGGUGCCGAUGCUCGUCCAGCGAGCAGCGGCAAUGCGAUAUCUGCCUCGACUCCAUCAAAAUUCGACAACGAUGUCUCCGCCGCCAUUGCGGCCGCCAAUGAAGCAGCAAAAGCUCAAGCGCAAGCACAAGACAAUGCCCCAGUCGCCCAACAGCGUGUUCAAUCCCCUGCCACUGGAGGUAACGGGAAUUCUUACGAAACAAAUUCGCUGGUCAAAGAUGAUGCCUUUUAA